CUCAGGAGGAGCUGCAACCAGAGCACAGUCUCUCCGGGCAGCCUCUCUGCCAGGCUCACUGCUGUCCUCCCUUCCUCCGCUGCUGGCCUCCUUUCCGCCUCCUCUCCCGUCGGCUUCCUUGUCCUUUUUUAAUUCGCGGCUUUGCCCCGUGGAUCUCUCUUUGCGCCCGUCUUGUGGGAAAUCGUUGCGGAGCAGCGCCGUCGUGACUUGCCGGCUUGCCACUGCAAGGGAAGGAGAGAGCAGGAGGAGGAGGACGAGAAAUACGGAGACGCCACCGCUGAGUAGUCGUUCACUGUUACGGAGGAGAGGAUCCACUGAGAGAAGAGAAGCAGCAGGACACUCUCUCCUGAAUCGUUUUACUCAGAGAGGAGAUUUUCAUUGACUUGUAUGGAAAUCUUGGCAAAAGGGCGAGAGCUGGUGCAGUUUUUACAUCGAGGGGACACUUGAGCCAAAAUUGCCAACAUUUGGGGAAAACAAGAGCCGGACGUUUAAUGUUUAGCAAGUAAUUAACCCUCCUUCUGAAUGAUAAUGCUGGACACCAACCUUUGCCUGUCCUUCGAAACUUCCCGCUUCGCCUCCUCUCCAAUGGGAGACGACAUGGAGAAGGCAGGACUGACCAUGGAUCAUGACAGACAUGUCUAUCACAGCCUGAAAGAAGUCCUCCAGCUCAAACUCCAGCAGAGACGCACACGAGAGGAACUGGUCAGCCAAGGCAUCAUGCCACCACUGAAGACCCCAGCAGCCUUUCACGAACAGCGGAGGAGCCUGGAGCGAGCAAGGACUGAGGACUAUCUGAAGAGGAAGAUCCGCAGUCGCCCUGAGCGAUCAGAGCUGGUCAGGAUGCACAUUUUGGAAGAGACAUCAGCUGAGCCGUCUCUGCAGGCCAAGCAGCUGCAGCUGAAGCGGGCGCGACUGGCAGACGACCUCAAUGACAAAAUCUCCCACAGACCCGGUCCCAUCGAACUGGUCCACAAGAACAUCUUGUCAGUGAGCUGCCCUCUGCAGUCUUCCCUGCCGGAUUCUCCAAAGGGAGCAGGGGGAGAGAGCUCAUCCUUAGAUGAAGACAGCAGCGAUGCUUUGUCACCGGAUCAGCCGACCAAUCAUGACUCUCCCCUGAGCACCGUCGCUCAGCUGUCUCCCACCGAUGCACUCACCCAGAAUGGAAACUUGUCUCCCACACAGUUUUUUACACAGCCCCCACCUCCAGCUCCUCCACCACCUCCUCCCCAGGUAAAUGGAUCAGACUCCUCCCCACUUCCAAAACUUACAAAUGGAACAACGUUGACUCACCGCUCCUCCACUGGACAGAUCAAGGCCAAAACGAGCUCAGACCGCCCUUCACAGAGACCCAAAAAAGCAAAGGACAGCAAACCCAAGGUGAAGAAGCUGAAGUACCACCAGUACAUCCCUCCAGACCAGAAAGCAGACAAGGAGCCUCCGCCAGACAUGGACUCGUCUUACGCAAAGCUCCUCCAGCAGCAGCAGCUCUUCCUGCAGCUGCAGAUUCUCAGCCAGCAACAGCAGCACUACAACUACCACACCAUUUUGCCCGCCCCUCCCAAGCCUCUCACAGAGCAGCCUCCCACAACCAUCUCCGGCCCCUCUCCUUCACGCUGCGUUCCCACGACGACCACCACAGCCCCCUCCAGUCAGGGUGGGAUGGCCCGACAGAGCCAGAGUGCAAUGGGAGGAGCGAAACCAAGCGCUCUACCAGCCAAUCUGGAUGAGUUGAAAGUCGCUGAGCUGAAACAGGAACUGAAAUUGCGUGGUUUGACGGUCUCCGGCACCAAAAACGAUCUCAUUGAAAGGCUCCGCAACUACCAGGAGCAAAAUGGUGGCAAUGCGGCGGUUUCGAAAACCGGCCCUUCGCAACAAACAAGCUCCGCUGCUGGCACCGCCGCGUCCUCCCCAACCACAACCACGUCUGAGCUCCUGUCAGGGGAGAGUGGGUUUAAGUUGAAUUUCUCCUCACUGGCGCCUGUGAUUCCUGAGAGAGUGAUUCGCUUUGGAAGCACCAGCUCCAGCCCGCCAGUAUCACCAACUCCAUCUGAGAGGUCAUUGGCAGGCAUGAGUCCAGAUGAGACCAGCUGCAAUGGAGACAUGUUUGGAGAGAUGGUGAGCUCUCCCCUGACCCAGCUCACCCUGCACCCAUCGCCUCAGCACCCCUCAAACAUCUCUCCACACUCACAGCCUUUCUCCAAAGUCAAGGAAGAGAUCCAGAGCUCGUGCUGCAUUUUCAGGUCUUUGUCUUCGGGCCAGCCCUCAGAACCCCAGUCACUCGUCACGGACGCCUCAGCCUUGGACAAAGACCAGAUGCUCCAGGAGAAGGACAAAAAGAUUGAGGAGUUGACGAGGAUGCUGAAGCAGAAGCAAAGGCUGGUGGAGACCCUUCGGUCUCAGCUGGAACAGGGCAAGUUGGCAGGUGGAUUAUUGGUGGAGAAAGAAGGGAGUGACAAAAGCAAAGCCUCUUCAGAGGUCAAACUGCAAACUCUGAUAAAAGCCUCAGCCAUUCAGCCACCAACUCUCCCUAAUGGCAUUGUGGUGAAGGUAAAGAAGGAGACGGAGGUUGAGGAAGGGAUGGAGGGUGUAACGGAGGAGGCUCAAGCAAACAAACAGGCUCAGCCCAUGCAGUGCUCUCAGGAAACUCUGUUCAGGCUGCAGCAGAUACACCGUCUGCAGAUCCAACAAGCCGAACAGCAGAAGCAGCAGCUACAGCAGCUCAAGCUGCAUCAGGGUCAGGUGCAGCUGCAGAAAGUGGAGGUCAAAUCCAACCCCCAAAAGCAGCAACUACAGAGGAAAGAAGCUCAAAUCCUGCUGCAUCAGCAGCAGCAACUCCAGCAGCUCAUCAUUCAGCAGACCCAACAGAAGCAGCUCCAGGCCCAGCAGAAGUUAGUGCAGCAGAAACUGGCCCAGCAGAAGCUCGCGCAGCACAAGCUGGUGCAGCAGAACCAGCUCAAGCAAACGCAGCUCAAGCAGGUCCAGCUGCAGAUCCAGAACCAGACACUAGCUGGCCAGAAGCAGGCGGGGAACCCAGUACAGCAGAAGAAGCAGCUGAAGGCUCAGCAGCGGCAGCAGCAGAAGCAGCAGGCGUGCGCUGUCACCACACAACAGGUGACCCCAGUCUUAAUUAACCAACAGAACAGCACUCCGGUCCACACCCAGGCCAUUUCAUUAGAUCUGCUGAAGGCAAACGGGACCCCGACCCUGCUCACGGACAGUAACGGCAACCACUACCUGAUCGCUCUGACCAGUCAGACCACAGACGCACACAACGGAGUGUCCUCCCCAUGCAAAUCCAACGGUCGGAUCACGCUGCAGCGAUUACAGUCAAGUCCAAGUAAACUCCCCAGCACCGACGGCCAAUCAAAAGAGCAAACGGAGGUCACGCCUGUGAGCCAGCCAAUCAAAAAGGUGCAGAAGCCGGAGCUGCGCCUAGACACCGACGGGGUUCCGCAGACCAGCGUUCCCGUCACCGCCCCCCCCAACCUGCAGCCUUUCUUCGACGACGCGUCCGACGCUGCCAACCAAAGCACCUUAAUCUCCUCUCUCAAGAGAGAGGAGGUGUGUCCGACUUACGACCGGCACACACUGUUCACCCCUCCCUCUCCCAAACCCAACACCUCGCUUCCUACUCAGCGCUCCAAAGAGAACUGCAUGAAUAGUCAGCAGAUGGACGACCUGUUCGACAUCCUGCUCAAGAGUGGAGAAAUCCCAGGCUUCAAAGCCAACCCGGACCCCUCCCUCGCCCCCCUCCACUCUGACCCGCCCUCCCCAACCUCUCCUCCAUCCCCUCUCCACCUCGCCCCUCCCACUUCCACAGGGCCCUUGAUCUCCUCUCAUUCUUCUGUAAGGGAGCCCUGCCCAGGCAGUGGACGCCUGGAGGACUUCCUGGAAAGCACCACAGGUGCCCCUUUGCUGGGCGUGGAGCCAGACUGUGGCCUGACUUUGAUUGACGACCUCCACAGCCAAAUGCUAAGCACGCCCAGCAUCCUGGAGCAUCCUUCCUCCCCCAUGGACACAUCUGACCUGGGCUUCUCCCCCCAUUCUACAGGGCUGGACUUUAGUGACCCCACCUUGGAUGGCAUGGACUGGUUGGAUGUCUCCAUGGUGGGGAGUGCUAGUGGAGGUAGUGGUGGGGUGGGCAGAGGACAAGGAGGGGGAGCUGGCGAAGGGGAUGGGGGGACAAGUCUGGCACCACUGGCACCACACACUCCAACAAGUGUCUUCUCUGCUGAUUUUCUGGACAGCACAGACCUGCAGCUGCACUGGGACUCAUGUCUGUAGCCAUUGGGACGGAUGGACACAUGCUUGCUCACACUGUGUACAGGCUCUGUCUUUACUCACGCACAUAAAGACACCUUCUCUAUGCUGUCUCUACCACUGCGGGGGUCACUGGCACAUAAUAACAUGAAUUCCCUGAAACACUUUGCCUGGCCUUUGCCUGGCAGCUAUUGUCUGCAGGGUGGAAGAAACAGACACCGAAUUAAGAGAACAGACUUGAGACGGAAGUGAACCUUUUUGAACACGAGUUCUGUGUUGAUCUCUGCAGCAGACUGUACAACCCCAUUGCCUGUUUUCUGACCUGCUUUAUAACCAGGUAACACGAACCAGCAGGAAAUUGUAGGCCACUGCUGUAACAUGGAAACAAUUUGGCAGACGAGCAGCGUCACCUGACGUCUGCUCCACAUUGCUCGUUGUGUGUCAGUGCCUCCUAAACUUUGCACUUAUGCUGAAUCUGAUUGGUUUGAAGGGGGGUGUUUCUGGGCGCCAGCUGAACGUUAGCGCCGCAGGGGGGGUAAAAGGCACCGUUAUGUGUAUUAUGUGCAUCAGCUGACCUGUUGGUGUGACAGAACGGCAGCUGUUGGUGCCUCAUCACCUCACCAUGGCAACCUGAACCCCGCCCACACUAGUCAUAAAGCAGCCGUUAUUGGUUAAGAGUUGCUAUUGAAUCGAACCAUAUCAGUGGCAGUAGUUUGAACUGAAGCCUCAAUGGAGGCUGCGUAUUAUUGGUAACAUUAUGUUAGACCACUAUGUAUUGCUGUAUAUGGGGUGUAUAUUAUCAAUUGUCCAUAUGACUAUUUUUCUUUGCUGGUUGCUUUAAAGUCGAGCUGGCUGGCUGGGGAACAUAGGGUGGGGGCGGGGCUUCCAAAACGUUGGACCUUGUCUUUUUUUUUAAAGAAAAAAAACUUGGGAAAAAAAUAAACAUGCUGUAAAACCUUCCAA